AUGGCAACCAGUCGUCCUUCGACGUCUACAACGAAUUCUUCAGCCGUAAUGGUUCAUAAAUUAGCUGAAUUACUUCGUACAAAUGGACAUCGAGUUUUACAUGGAGACAGUAAAGCGUGUUUUACAUCAGAUUCGCUUACAUUAUUAAAUACUUAUUUUCAAGCAGCUAAACUUAGUAUAGCAUUACCACUAGUCAAUGGUCAUGCAAGAACUAGUUCAAUACCAUUAAUGAUACCAUUACCGUCUACUCAACAUUUAAGAAUUACGACUAAACUUCGAGAGGAUUUAGUAUUUUUACAUGACUUUUUACAGAAAAUACAAACUGCUAAAAUAAUUCACAAUGGGCUAACUCUUCGAGGAAAUGUUCUUCUCUAUCCAUUCCAACACGUAACGUGUCUUGAAUUGAAAAAGAUUCCACUACAUAUGGUACUUGGUUUAUCUCAACUUCGUAGUCAACUUGAAACAUUAAUCUGUUCUCAAUCAGUGACAAAAAUUGAAGACUUAAUAGGUGAUUGUGGUGGAGAUUCGAUAGAAUUAGCACAACGUCAAGCAUGGCCACGGCUUAAAUCACUUUUUCUUUCUCAUAAUUCUAUUGAAUCUAUUGAUCAAUCAUUAAAACAUUUAGUUGCACUUGAAGCACUUGAUUUAAGUCAUAAUCGAUUACAAGAUUGUUCACAAAUAUUAGAUAUUAUACCUCAAAUAAGACAUUUAAAUCUUUCAUCAAAUCAUUUACGUAUUAUACCAAUAUGGCCAGAAGUCAAAGGUCCAUGUCGAUUAUUAACUCUGAAAAUGCGCCAAAAUUGUAUUGAAGAUAUAUCUGGUAUUGAAUUAAUGAAAUCAGUUGAAGAAUUAGAUUUAAGUGAUAAUUUUAUUACUCGUAUACCGGAUCAAAUUCGACAAAUGCCAGCAAUAAAACGACUUUAUUUUGCGCGUAAUCCAUUUACUUAUGCUUCGGACUAUCGACAAAAUAUUAUAAACAAUUUACCAUUCGUCUUUUCACAAGAAGCUCGAGAGCUAACAAUUGAUAACGAACAACUUACAUCAAAAGAGAAAAAAAGAAUUCCGCAAAGACGUAAUCUUCCAGCACCUCUUGUUCCCAGUUUCAGAAUUAGUUCAACAACAACAGCAUCAUCAUCAUCAGGACAGCAUACAACAACCAGUGAAUCAACAGAACCAGAAUCAGGUGUUACAAAUUCAUCUGGCACAGUCGUUUCUCGGCGUCGAUCUCGUCGAAAACUUCGAGAUGCACGUCUACGAUCAUUUGAUGCUGAUGAAACACCAACAGAACAUGCAACAUCUGGUUCGGAUAACGAAUCAAUUGUAAACAGACGUCGUCUAGGAAAACUAGAUGAAUCUCGUCAUGAAGGUGAUCCUAAUUCUAUUACACCACAAACACCACUAGCCACUGGAUACACAUAUCCGCCGGCCAUACCUGAACACGAGGAUAGUCUAGCAAAAUCAAUGUCGACUCCAAGUAGUAUUCCACGUAAAUUAGUUCAUGAUAUAUCACAAUCUCCACGACGAAAGAAAAGUCCUCGUUCUCGUAAAUCAGAUCAUCCAUCAAAAAUAAUCUUGGAAGUUGUUGAUGUUUUAAAUGUAGUAUCGGAUGCUACACCAAUACCUGAUUCUCCAACUUCAGAACGAGAAAUUUCAUUUAAUGCUAAACAUGCAACGUCAAUACCAAAAAUUGAAACACAAUUAACUAACAACGAAUACAAUAAUACUGGCGAUUGUAUACGAACAAUAUUUUUUGUUACUGAUCAAACUUCAAAUGAUAAAAAUAAUCGUUCAUUGACAAUUGAAAUUGAUCGCAUGCAUCUAAUUGAAAAAGAUAAUAAUGAUGAAGAAUAUUUAGAAAAAUUAAAAUAUUCAACAAUUACACUUUUAACUGAUAAUGAAAAUAAUAAAAAAACUGUUGAAUUUACAUUUGAAAAGCGAAGAGGUGAAGUUGAGCAAAGAAUUUAUUUAUUCGAUACAAUACACGAUCAAAAGGCAUUUGUUGAAGAAAUCGAACGUCAUCUUGAAUCCUCUGAUCCAAUUGACGUUAGAACGAUUUCGCCUACGCUUAUUGAGUGUACUAAAUGUGGACAACGUUUUUCUGGAUUAAGUACCAUGAACAGUAUUGACAAAGCAGCAUCUUCUAUUUGUGGAAAUUGUCAAAAUAUUACACCAACAGCUUCACUUGAACAAGACGAUGAAUUGCAAGCAAAAACUACUAUUGAUACAUUAUCUGAAGAAGUCGAACUUGACCAUCGUUUACAUUUUCAUUUGGCUACACAACAUUUUACACAUGAUAACGAACGCAUAAUAUUACAUUUUAAAUGUUUUGUUGUUCGUUCAACAACAAGUAAAUAUUUUAUUGCUCAAACUAUUCUAACAGAUUAUGGCAUUUAUAUAUUUCAACAUGAACCAAUAAAUAAUGAUGUAGAAUCAGAAUAUGUUCUGGUUGGCAAAGAUCUUUUAACAAAUGUACUGAUGCUCGACAUUGGUUAUCGUCUACAAACAUUUACAAUUGAAUUACAAUCAGCUGCAUUCGCUUUUCUUCUUGCUGAUCAACAACAAACACAAAAAAUCGUUAAUAAUAUUCUUGAAGUGCUUUCACCGAUUGUUCAAAGUGGUGAAGGAGCAUUACAAAAAAUUAGUCGUAUUAGUUCAGAUGAAUAUCGGCAACGUUUAUUUGACAUCAUAAAAACUGAAUGCAAUAUUAAUGAACCAACUGAUGAUAUCAUUGAUUUUUAUUCAAUUGUUAUCAGAAUGGAUCAAACUGGCAAUAAUCAAAUGAUUGCAUUAUUACUUCUACAAAAUUGGAUUUUAAUGAUUGAAGAUGCUUAUGCAACAAUUGAUGCACGUCAUGUUCGUUUACCUGCGCUGCCAACAUCAGACUCCGGUUCAACUCAACAAUUAAAAUGUGAUCUUAUGCAUUUAGUGAAUGUGACAAGUUAUUUAAAUCAUUCGAAACUACUCGUCUUGGAUUUUGUUGACGAAUCGGAAACGAGACAAUUCCGAUGGAAACUAGAAAGUUUAACAAACAAAAGUAGAAAUGAAUUUCUAACAAAAAUUCGAGAUACUUAUCAGAAAUUCAUGGGUAUUUCUAUGCCUGAAGCAUUGGAAAUGGUAUAA